AGCAAAGAGAACGGUGGAAGAAGCAAAGAGAAAGGUGGAAGAAGCAAAGAGAAAGAUGGGAGAAGAACAACAGAUGCUGAAAAAGCAAGCCAGGCUAACGGAGACCCUGAGCGAUAGAAAAAGAAGAGACGGGGAAGAGAGAAAGGAAGAUGAAAAUAAGUGUGUGAAGGAAGCAAGGGAAGGAGACAGGAGAGAGCUCCUGAAAGAAAAGAGACUAAGUGCAGAAGAAAAUAUGACACACAUGGAGAAACAAACUAGAGAGCUGGAGGAGGAGAGGAAGAGAGAAGUUGAGAGUCAGCUUAGAGAAGAGUUGAGAGAAAGGAAAGGCGAAAGAAAGCACGAGGAGGACAUGAAAAUAAGGAAACUGGAAGACACGGAGAGAGGUGAGAUUUUAGGAAAAAUGAGAGAGUUGGAGGAGAUGACAAUAAAGAUGGAAAGACAGCAUGCAGAGAAGACAGCGAUGGAGAAGGAGGAAAGAAAGAGGGUGGAAGACACAGUGGGGAAGAAAAAGGUGAAAAAGAUAAUCUUGGAAGUGUGGGAAUUUCACUUUGGAAGUGAUGAAAGUUCGGAGAGUGACGAUAGCGAAAGUGAGGAAACACCAGACAGUGAUACUGCAAUUGUCAAAACAACCGAAAAGGUUGAGAAGGAAAACAGUUCAGAUGAGAUGAAAGACAACAGUGUGGGGGUAUGUCAAGAUAGUGACACAUCUGUGAUUGAGGAAAUCAACAUGAAGAAAGACAUGGUUGACAAAGACAAUACAGACAACAACGUUGGUAAAGAGAAAACAACCCAAAACAACGAAAAGAAAGAGGAGGGUGAGAGAAAAGAGGGUCAAAGCCAAGACACAGAGACAUACAAAACAGAUGGAGCAACAGAAUCUGACGAGCUCACUUUGACUCCUGGAAAGGGGUCAGAUAGCAAUGACUGUGAGAGUGUCAAAUCCAACCAAGUGGAAGAAGAGGAUGACCAAAAGGACAAAGGAGAGUUAGAGAGUCAGGAGGAGAGGAAGGAGGACAGGAUACUUCCUGGAGUAGAGGGAGAGACUCAGCAUCCUCAGGAAGACCAAUCGGAAACGUCAAAAGAUUUCUCCAUCUUUGAUGUGGCAGAGGUGAAGACUCAGGACCCUGAUGAGGAUCAACCAGAAAAGGUCAAAGAUUCCUCCAUCUUCUCAGCUGGUGCUGAGGUCAAACAGACCCAGUGCAAAGAUGUCUCCAUGGUUACUGCAACUGAGUCAAAGACUCUGAAUCCUCAGAAGGACCAGCCAGCAAAGUAUAAAGAAUUCUCUGUGUAUUCCACGGGCAGUCGAGGCGUGGCCAAGGUCCCCCAGGUUCUGCAGGUCAAAGUGAGUAAUAAAAGUGAGAGUGUCCAAAAGAAAGAUGGGAAUGACAAAGUAACAGCGCCAAAGACAGAUGCAGAGCUCCUUAUGGACAAAUUUGAGAGGAUAGCAGAAGAGGAGAGAAUUUGGCCUUGUCAGAAGGAUAGGAGAGAUAAAGACCAGGCCAAAGAGAUAGAGGGAAAGAGAAAGGAGGAGGAGGUGCUGUCUAAAGAAGAGCAGCGCAGGCUGAGGAAUGAGAAGGCCUUACAGGAACACCUGGACAGGGUAAAGAAUCCGGAAAUGACAGGCAAACAGACCAGACAACCACAAUGUAAAGAUUACUCUAUUUUCACUGCAUCAGGGCUAAAGAGCAAGGACCCGCAUGAUCAACAGUCAGCAAAAUGCAAAGAUUUAUCCAUCUUUUCAGCUGAUGCUCAGACGCAGCAGUGCAAAGAUGUCUCCAUGGUUACUGCAACUGCGUCAAGGACUCUGAAAGCUCAAGAGGACAACCCAGCAAUGUGCAAAGCUGGAGGAAAGACUCAGAACUCUCAGACGGACCAGGCAGCAAAGGUCAAAGGUGAACAGGACCUGACAAGUGGGGGAAUUAAUCAAGAGAAGACGGAGAUAGAGGUCCUUCAGAGAUCUCGUCAGGAACAGCUAGCUAAGUGCAAAGAUUUCUCUGUGUUUUCCACGAGCAGUCAAGGCGUGGCCAAGGUCCCCCAGUUUCUGCAGGUCAAAGUGAGUAAGAAAAGUGAGAGUGUCCAAAAGAAAGAUGGGAAUGACAAAGUAACAGAUCCAAAGACAGUUGCAGAGCUCAUUAUGGACAAAUAUGAGGGGAUGGCAGAAGAGGGGAGAAGGGGGCCUUGUCAGAAGGAUAGGAGAGAUAAAGACCAGGCCAAAGAGAUAGAGGGAAAGAGAAAGGAGGAGGUGCUGUCUAAAGAAGAGCAGCGCAGGCUGAGGAAUGAGAAGGCCUUACAGGAACACCUGGACAGGGUAGAGAGGACAGGCAAACAGACCAGACAGCGCAGGCUGAGGAAUGAGAAGGCCUUACAGGCACACCGGAACAGGGUAGAGAAUCAGGAAGGGACCGGCAAACAGACCAGACAACCACAAUGUAAAGAUUACUCUAUUUUCACUGCAUCAGGGCUAAAGAGCAAGGACCCGCAUGAUCAACAGUCAGCAAAAUGCAAAGAUUUAUCCAUCUUUUCAGCUGAUGCUCAGACGCAGCAGUGCAAAGAUGUCUCCAUGGUUACUGCAACUGCGUCAAGGACUCUGAAAGCUCAAGAGGACAACCCAGCAAUGUGCAAAGCUGGAGGAAAGACUCAGAACACUCAGACGGACCAGGCAGCAAAGGUCAAAGGUGAACAGGACCUGACAAGUGGGGGAAUUAAUCAAGAGAAGACGGAAAUAGAGGUCCUUCAGAGAUCUCGUCAGGAACAGCUAGCUAAGUGCAAAGAUUUCUCUGUGUUUUCCACGAGCAGUCAAGGCGUGGCCAAGGUCCCCCAGUUUCUGCAGGUCAAAGUGAGUAAGAAAAGUGAGAGUGUCCAAAAGAAAGAUGGGAAUGACAAAGUAACAGAUCCAAAGACAGUUGCAGAGCUCAUUAUGGACAAAUAUGAGGGGAUGGCAGAAGAGGGGAGAAGGGGGCCUUGUCAGAAUGAUAGGAGAGAUAAAGACCAGGCCAAAGAGAUAGAGGGAAAGAGAAAGGAGGAGGAGGUGCUGUCUAAAGAAGAGCAGCGCAGGCUGAGGAAUGAGAAGGCCUUACAGGAACACCUGGACAGGGUAGAGAGGACAGGCAAACAGACCAGACAGCGCAGGCUGAGGAAUGAGAAGGCCUUACAGGCACACCGGAACAGGGUAGAGAAUCAGGAAGGGACCGGCAAACAGACCAGACAACCACAAUGUAAAGAUUACUCUAUUUUCACUGCAUCAGGGCUAAAGAGCAAGGACCCGCAUGAUCAACAGUCAGCAAAAUGCAAAGAUUUAUCCAUCUUUUCAGCUGAUGCUCAGACGCAGCAGUGCAAAGAUGUCUCCAUGGUUACUGCAACUGCGUCAAGGACUCUGAAAGCUCAAGAGGACAACCCAGCAAUGUGCAAAGCUGGAGGAAAGACUCAGAACACUCAGACGGACCAGGCAGCAAAGGUCAAAGGUGAACAGGACCUGACAAGUGGGGGAAUUAAUCAAGAGAAGACGGAGAUAGAGGUCCUUCAGAGAUCUCGUCAGGAACAGCUAGCUAAGUGCAAAGAAUUCUCUGUGUUUUCCACGGGCAGUCGAGGCGUGGCCAAGGUCCCCCAGGUUCUGCAGGUCAAAGUGAGUAAUAAAAGUGAGAGUGUCCAAAAGAAAGAUGGGAAUGACAAAGUAACAGCGCCAAAGACAGAUGCAGAGCUCCUUAUGGACAAAUUUGAGAGGAUAGCAGAAGAGGAGAGAAUUUGGCCUUGUCAGAAGGAUAGGAGAGAUAAAGACCAGGCCAAAGAGAUAGAGGGAAAGAGAAAGGAGGAGGAGGUGCUGUCUAAAGAAGAGCAGCGCAGGCUGAGGAAUGAGAAGGCCUUACAGGAACACCUGGACAGGGUAAAGAAUCCGGAAAUGACAGGCAAACAGACCAGACAACCACAAUGUAAAGAUUACUCUAUUUUCACUGCAUCAGGGCUAAAGAGCAAGGACCCGCAUGAUCAACAGUCAACAAAAUGCAAAGAUUUAUCCAUCUUUUCAGCUGAUGCUCAGACGCAGCAGUGCAAAGAUGUCUCCAUGGUUACUGCAACUGCGUCAAGGACUCUGAAAGCUCAAGAGGACAACCCAGCAAUGUGCAAAGCUGGAGGAAAGACUCAGAACAAUCAGACAGACCAGGCAGCAAAGGUCAAAGGUGAACAGGACCUGGACAUUGACACAGACUGGUCAGAGAGUGACUAUGAUAGUGAUGAUGUGUUCCUAACUGACGAAAUAUGGCAAAAGAGGAAAGAGGACUAUGAGAAGAAAAGACAAAACAAUGAUGACACAGUUACCGCAUUACCGAAUACAGAUAGGAUUGAUGGAGAGAUCUCAAGAGAAAAGAGUGGAAAGAUAAAUCAAGAGCAGAUGGCUGCAGUGGAGGGAAAGACUCAGAACCCACAGACAGAGCAGCCAGUAAAGGUCAAAGGUGAAAAUGACCUGACAAGUGGGGGAAUUAAUCAAGAGAAGACGGAGAUAGAGGUCCUUCAGAGAUCUCGUCAGGAACAGCUAGCUAAGUGCAAAGAUUUCUCUGUGUUUUCCACGAGCAGUCAAGGCGUGGCCAAGGUCCCCCAGGUUCUGCAGGUCAAAGUGAGUAAUAAAAGUGAGAGUGUCCAAAAGAAAGAUGGGAAUGCCAAAGUAACAGCGCCAAAGACAGAUGCAGAGCUCCUUAUGGACAAAUUUGAGAGGAUGGCAGAAGAGGAGAGAAUUUGGCCUUGUCGGAAGGAUAGGAGAGAUAAAGACCAGGCCAAAGAGAUAGAGGGAAAGAGAAAGGAGGAGGAGGUGCUGUCUAAAGAAGAGCAGCGCAGGCUGAGGAAUGAGAAGGCCUUACAGGAACACCUGGACAGGGUAAAGAGGACAGGCAAACAGACCAGACAACCACAAUGUAAAGAUUACUCUAUUUUCACUGCAUCAGGGCUAAAGAGCAAGGACCCGCAUGAUCAACAGUCAGCAAAAUGCAAAGAUUUCUCUGUGUUUUCCACGAGCAGUCAAGGCGUGGCCAAGGUCCCCCAGUUUCUGCAGGUCAAAGUGAGUAAGAAAAGUGAGAUUGUCCAAAAGAAAGAUGGGAAUGACAAAGUAACAGCGCCAAAGACAGAUGCAGAGCUCCUUAUGGACAAAUUUGAGAGGAUGGCAGAAGAGGAGAGAAUUUGGCCUUGUCGGAAGGAUAGGAGAGAUAAAGACCAGGCCAAAGAGAUAGAGGGAAAGAGAAAGGAGGAGGAGGUGCUGUCUAAAGAAGAGCAGCGCAGGCUGAGGAAUGAGAAGGCCUUACAGGAACACCUGGACAGGGUAGAGAAUCAAGAAGGGACAGGCAAACAGACCAGACAACCACAAUGUAAAGAUUACUCUAUUUUCACUGCAUCAGGGCUAAAGAGCAAGGACCCGCAUGAUCAACAGUCAGCAAAAUGCAAAGAUGUCUCCAUGGUUACUGCAACUGAGUCAAAGACUCUGAACCCUCAGAAGGACCAGCCAGCAAAGAGCAAAGCUGGGAAAAAUCGCUUUGCUAAAUUCUUCAAAACCCUUGUGUGCAGAAAAACGAAGGCAUAAUGCAUAGUUCCUGACGUUUUCCUUGCUAACAAGUGACCUCUGCAAUUUUACAAAUAUUUUCUGAAAUUCAUUCUCAUGCUUUCCCUUGUUUUCUAUAUCCAUUUCUAUAUAAAAUUCUUCAAGCAUUAUAAAAUAA